GACUCAUCGUGACUCUGGCCAAUCGUGGGAGGCCAGAUUCAGGGAGGGCGUGUUUAGUGUACUGUAUUCGUGCUGGGUACGUCGUGUGCGUGUGCGUGCGUGCAUGUGUGUGUGUGUGUGUGUGUGUGUGUGUGUGUGAGCAGGAUGAGGUUGGAAUAACGGAGCGGCUGCUUGGACAUCUGAUGUGGAGGUUUUCCAUUCCUGAUCACCAGCUUCACGACUGAAUGGAUGCCUUUUUUUUCAGUGGGAUUCUCAUCUUCUAGAUCUAUUAAACAUUUUUGUGAACUCUUUGGGAAUUUGGUGCCAAUCCUAGGAGUUGACUUUGGAUUCUUUUAAACGGAUUUGUGGGUAUUAUUGGAUUUUUAGGAGCAUUUUAGUAAUCGGAUGCGCAACUUGUAGCCAAGUUCAGAUGAGUCCUUUCUGACAGCAGAAAAGCAUUCUUGCUGAGAUUGAUGAGCUUUAUAAGGCGGUUCGGUGACGCGAAACCGGGCCGCUUCAUCAUUACGCACCGCCGACGCGUAAACCCCUUCGUUCACACGUCCAGCACCCUGCAUCAUGUCUUUAAGCAGAAGCAUCGAGUGGGAGCACUUUGAGGAGAGGGAGAAGGCACCACGUUCGGGUCGCGGAUGCGCAGCCGGAUCUCGUUGCGCGUCCCGGGGAAACGGGAACGGGUACGGGUCCGUGGCGAGUCCCGCGCACAGCGCGCACUGCAGCUUCUACCGGGCGCGCACCCUGCGCUCACUCGCUGCCGAGAAGAAGGCGCGGAAAGUGCGCUUCUACCGCAACGGAGACCGCCACUUCGAGGGCUUGGCGUACGCUGUAUCCGGAGACCGCUUCCGCUCUCUGGACGCGCUGCUCGUGGACCUCACGCGCUCUCUGUGGGACGGCGCGAGCUUACCGCAGGGAGUGCGCUGCAUUUAUACUAUAGACGGAGCGAGGAAGGUCACCAGUCUGGACGAGCUUGUAGAGGGUGAGAGCUACGUCUGCGCCUCCAACGAGCCCUUCCGCAAAGUGGACUACACCAAAAACGUCAACCCCAACUGGUCGGUGAACGUUAGGGCAGGCACAUCGCGCUCCCUCUCCUCUUUACCCAUACUAAAGAACGAGCUGAGGGAGCGAGAAAGCAAGGACUUCAUCCGGCCCAAGCUGGUGACGGUGAUCCGGAGCGGCGUGAAGCCACGCAAGGCCGUGCGCGUCCUCCUGAACAAGAAGACGGCACACUCGUUCGAGCAGGUGCUCACGGACAUCAGCGACGCCAUCAAGCUGGACUCGGGAGUGGUGAAGAGACUCUACACGCUGGAGGGGAAGCAGGUCACGUGUCUGCAGGACUUUUUUGGCGAUCACGACGUGUUCAUCGCGUGUGGUCCGGAGAAGUACCGCUAUGCUCAGGAUGAUUUUUUGUUGGAUCAGAGUGGUAAGGCUUGUGCAGCCUUUCUGAAUGAGUGCCGUGUGCUGAAAUCUUCCUGUACUUCUCGCUCCACUACUCCAGUGAGGUCCAGUGGCAGUAAGAGUCCGGCAAGGCACAGCAAAUCUCCUGGAUCAGUGAGGAAAAAUUCUCCGUACUUGUCCGCCAGCAGUCAGUCUCCAGUCAAAUCCCCAGUUAACGGAGUGGUUCCCAGUCUGAGUCAGAUUUCCACCCCCAAAUCCACCAAGUCCUCCAACUCGUCCCCCACGAGUCCCCGCAGCAUGCGAAACUUCAAGUUUAGUUGCAACAAGCGGACGGGGGCCGCCUUCCAUCUUUCUGUGAAGAUCCCGACUCAUCACUCGUCAGUGUCUAACGUGAGCGUCUCCUCCGAGCAGCAUCAGCCUCAACACACUGACAACACCAGCCCUGAGGUUAAUGGAAACAGAAACCAUACAGCCUCUGCCAUCGUGGAAAAGUACAAAGUGGGGAAAGUUAUCGGUGAUGGGAAUUUUGCAGUGGUAAAGGAAUGUGUUGAACGGUCCACUGGAAAGGAGUUCGCCUUAAAGAUCAUUGAUAAGAAUAAAUGUCGAGGCAAAGAGCACCUGAUCGAGAGCGAGGUGGCCGUACUAAGGCGAGUCAAACACCCCAACAUCAUAAUGCUGAUGGAGGAAGUGGACACGCCCUCUGAGCUCUAUCUCGUCAUGGAGCUGGUCAAGGGUGGAGAUCUGUUCGAAGCCAUCACGUCGUCUACGAAGUACACCGAGAAAGACGCCAGUUCCAUGGUGUACAACCUGGCCGCUGCUCUUAAAUACCUGCACAAGAUGAACAUCGUGCACCGAGACAUCAAACCCGAAAACCUACUGGUGUGCGAAUAUCCAGACGGCACCAAAUCUCUGAAGCUGGGGGACUUCGGUUUGGCGACGGUGGUGGAAGGACCGCUGUACACCGUGUGUGGGACCCCAACUUACGUCGCCCCGGAGAUUAUAGCAGAGUCGGGGUAUGGUAUAAAGGUGGACAUCUGGGCAGCAGGUGUGAUUACCUACAUCCUGCUGUGUGGCUUCCCACCUUUCCGGAGUGAGAAUAAUGCGCAGGAGGAGCUGUUUGAACAGAUCCUGCAGGGCCGUGUGGACUUUCCCUCUCCGUACUGGGACAACAUCACUGACUCGGCCAAGGAGCUGAUUGGCCAGAUGCUUCAGGUGAACGCUGAGAUGAGGUACACGGCAGAAGAUAUUUUGUGUCACCCUUGGGUCACGGACGACGCUGCAGUGGAUAACAACAUGAAGAUGGAGGUGAUGGGGAAGCUCAAGAAGCACUUUACGUCCGCACAGAAAGAGGGCAACACCACCGCCGGAGUGUCUGUUAUUAUGAACACAGCUCUAGAUAAGACAAAGCUGCAGCUGUGCCGUCGCAGUCAGGGGAACAGCGCCGCCCUGUCUGAAAGGGAAGGAGGAUUGGUACAAAACCGCUUUGAGAAGAAAUGCCCCUCUGGUUUAUCAGAGGACACUAAAAGCCCUGGAGCCGCCCCUCUUCAGGCUUUUCCCUCCCUCUCGCCCUCCUCUGAUGCCCCUCCCCUGUCGUCCACCCCACCCUCUCCUCAGUGCAAUGAAGAACCUGGCGAAGAGCGAGCUUUCGAGCGGGAGGAAUAGAUCCGCUUAGAACAAGAACAACAACCUGGAGAGGAAGGAAGACUGACAAAAAUAUAUACAAUACAUGUUCCGUCGAUUGAAAUCCAUUCCAGCUUUUGGCUUUUUCUGGAGCUGUUGCUUCCUAACAAUUUUUUUUUUCUUUACUCUUUUUGGAAACAAAAAAAGAGAUAUAAUGAUGUGAAUUUUAAAGGCCAUUGAAUUUUUUAUAUUGAAAUGUAAACACUGAAUUCAUAGCAUUGAAAUAUAUUACUUCAAAAAAACACAUCUAUUUUAUCUAUUUAUUUUUUUUUGGUAGUUAUUUGUACCCCUAGUGUUCACAAAUUCAUACUCAAUAACCAAUCAUUAUAGUUCAAUGCUAUAAAUUCUGUGGUGUUUAAAUUUCUUUAAUAAGAAUUCAGUGCAACUUUCAAAUCUGUUUCCGUACACUCUCAAUGCUGGAGCUGCUCGAACAUUCCUGAUUCAUUAAGGGCUUUCCAUUCCAUUCCAACCGCUUAUUCGACGCAGGGUUGCGGGGGAAGCCUGGAGCCUAUCCCAGGGAACUCGAGACACAAGGCAUGGGACUCUCUGGAUGGGGUGCCAGCCCAUCGCAUGGCGCAAUCUCAUACACAUUCACACACUACAGACCAUUUAGAGAUGCCAGUCAGCCUACAAUGCAGGUCUCGGGACUGGGGGAGGAAACUGGAGUAUCCAGAGGAAACCCCUGAAGCAUGGGGAGAACCUGCAAACUCUGCGCACAUAGGGCAGAGGCAGGAAUCAAACCCCCAACCCCAGAGAUGUGUAGCAAACAUGCUAACCACUAAGCCAUUAAGCCAGUCACAAUUCCAGUCCCUCCAGUCAGGGAUGGAUUAAUAAAUCCUGAUUCCCUGGGCAGGAAGCUAAGCAGUGACCUAACCCGCCUUGUGUCAACACUUCACCCUGGUGGUGGUUGUAUAACAGUGUGGGGAAUAUACAAAUUCGGCCCCUUAAUGUAUGUAGCCCUUACCGUCCUACCCCACAACCCAAUACAUGCAAAAUAAACACAUACAUUACUACAUUACAUGUCUAUUAUGAGAAUAUGAGUAGUCUCUUUAGUACACAGAAGGCAGUCUAACAUUAUGUAUCUGGUUUUCUUUCUCGUUGUUGUUGUUUUGUUUUUUUUUUACCUCCCAAUCUUGUUGACUAAAUUGUCUAGCUUUUUAACAAGCUCUAACCAGCAGUGACAGCGAGUUCAUUUUUAAUCUGAUCCAUUUGGGGAAAGUCGUUGUAUUCUCUUUCCUUUUUAAGUAUUUUUAUCAUCAGCACACUUUUACAAAUACUUCGAGGUUUAUUUUUUUUCAAUCUGUCUAUCUAGCUUGAAGUGCACUGAACUUAUUGCCAUGUAUAUGGCACGUUCGAGACGGCUUGUGCUGUGUGACACAGUGCUUUAUUAUGCUGGAAUGUUAACCAUUGUAACAUGAGUAAAUCAUGGCCAUAAAGGGAUAAUGAUAAUGAGUCUUUAUUGAUCCUAUACAUAUGCACAGUGAAAUUCUUUUCUUCGCAUACCCCAGCAUGUUAGGAAGUUGGGGUCAGAGCGCAGGGUCGGCCAUGAUACAGCGCCCCCUGGAGCAGAGAGGGUUAAGGGCCUUGCGCAAGGGCCCAACAGUGGCAGCUCGGCAGUGCUGGGGCUUGAACCCCCGACCUUCCGAUCAAUAACCCAGAGCCUUAACCACCACUGGUUUUCUACUGGUUUGUAUGAAGGGGCCCAAUUUGUGCCCAAAAAACAUUCCCCACACCAACACACCACCACCACAAGGCAGGUUCUUUCCAAGGCUUCAUGCUUUUGAGGACAAAUUCCGACCCUGCCAUCUUUAUAUUGAGCACUAUAGCGCACGCUCCAGGACUGACACCCUAAAAAUGUUAAUGCUUCACUUUGAGGUUCAUUUACCGAAUAUUAUUUAUUACAUUAAUUAACGAAAACAAACCCCACACUUAAAACAUAAACGAUUUUUUACAUCAUGGAAACGUUAAGAAAGCCGCAAACCAAUUGAAAGAGCCGAUUACAGGUGUAAAUAUUGGCACCCACCAUUUAGCCUCACUGAAUAAUUUGCUAUAAUACAAAUAUUAAUGGCUUCUAACUAAUUCUGGUGUAUUAAAGCUGAAGUUGGUUUCUUCCUGCUAACUAAUGCAAUAAAUAACGUUACUCUAGGGAACCUCGCUACCAUUAAAAACACUACAUUCGCUGUUUAAGUAAAAAAAAAAAAAAAGUAUUACAAAAAAACCCCGCUUAAUUAAUGGGAUUUGUAUCUGUGGCCUCCAGCUGUGCUGUCAGCGCUGCACAUCUGUCUGUGGCAUGUCUACAUUCCCCGAGGGAGUGUGAGACGAUUUUGUAGUAUGAGUGUAUAUACGCUGUGUUUGAGCGUUGAAAGACGAGCGUCUGCCUUUAGCACGUAUUUGAGUGUUUUUAUUUAUUUUUUGCGAAUCGAUGAGCGUGAGCGGCUGCGUUUAGUGUGAUUAUGAGUAGUGAGUGUGUGAGUGAGGGUGUGUGUGUGUGUGUGUGUGUGUGUGUAUGUGUGUGUGUGAGUGUGUGUGUUUGGACUAUUAGUAAACUUGAAAAUGGGUUUCAUUUUUCUCGACUGUACAAGAAGAAAUGAGACAUUCGCCUUGGAAUAAAUAAUGUGAAGGGCUGAUUGUGGGUUAAUUAGAAGGUUAAUUAGAAGGUUAAUUAAGAAGUUAAUUAGGAGGUUAGCGCCUCUCUGCUGUAAUAUGCUGUAAUUCCACAUUAGUUCUGCUCUCAUACCUUCAUGUUGGAAGCAUGGUGGUGUUUUUAUCAGCUCUUUGAUUUUUUUCUUCUUCUUUUUUUUUUUUUUGCUAAUGUAUUUAGAAAGAUAAAGUUGCCUCUUAAGCUUCUCUACUUUUUACUUGAGUCUUUUCGCUUCUCUGGAUAAACAAGGAAACACUGACGCAUGAUAUAUUCCUGUAUCUGAAUAUAAACUCCUUUUCUCUGAGACACACACACACACACACACACACACACACACGUUCAGCAAUAAUCCUUAUUCCAUUCAGCAUUAUAUUCAGUGUAUUAGUUCUGCUGUUGUAAGAAACCUCACACACUGCAGCUUUGAAACAAUCUGUUCCUCAAAACAGUUUCAUCUAGUGCAAAUGUUUGAGCUGGUUUAUUUUCAUUUCGGUUUCAGGCUUAUUGUGUUGUGCUUUAGUUUAAAGUGGCUUUGUGUUAAGGAGUCCAGGUGAAAUAAAGACGAAUAAAGUUCUUAUUGCA